AUGAUUUUAUCUGAAAGAAACAAGCCUAACAUGUAAAUGUAAAGAAAAUACAAGCAGAUCUCAUUAUCUUAAGUCUUGAAAAAGCCACUCAUUAUAAAAUCCUUGCCUCCUAUAUUUAUUACCUCUGUUCAAAAGACUUUGAAAUAUACUUAAUAAAAAUCAGAUAAUUGCUAAUCUCAAAGAUUUUCAUAAGAGUCUAUAUUGAAUAAAUUUAAUUGUUUUGGACCAGUAGGAUUAUCAUAAACUCCUUUGAAUAAAAAUCCUAUAUAAUAGCAAAUAGUUUUAUUGAGCAGUAGAAAAUUAGACAUUCAAGAUAAAAAAAAAUAUACUAAUUAUAGAAAAAUUCAUGUUAAACCAAUAUAACUUUUGACAGAAAAAUAUCACACAGAGGAAGAUGUUCAAAAUGAUAAAGUCAAUAAAUGGUCUUAGACUACAUUUGAUGAAGACUAGCUGCUUGAAUAUUUAAAUAACUGA